CGAUCGCGAUGAACGAGUCGUAAGUUCGUCCGUAAAGUCCGUCGCAUCGGUUCCGUCGGGGCGAUUUAGGUUGGCAAUGCGCGUUGGUCCGGGGCGCGUUCGCGGCUCCAUCAUCCCGACUCGACGCACCGGCGAUCAUUUCGUCGUCGCGCUUUUGUCCAUUGUCGUCUGCUCUCCGUCCGGAACAUAAAGACAGAGUUUUUCAUCUCGGCAAUUGCAAUCUCGACAGUGUGGUGUUCAUCGUCGGUCUCAACCAUGGAUCCCGAUUUCUCGUACUACAGCAAACGGUUCCAGAUGACCGGCUCGCUGGGCGACGUCUACAAGACGCUGGCCGGUCUGCACUCGCCGGAACUUCGGUUCUCGUACGUGCGCGAUCUGCUCAAGGAACACAGCAUGCUGCCCACGGAGUUAGUACAGCCCUGCGUGGAGGUAGUGUUCAACCGCGAGAUGACGGACAUGGUGCGACGCAUAGGCAACGAUCAUUUCCGUUGCCGCGACUAUGUGGCGGCGCUCAACGAGUAUAUGAAGUGCGUGGUCGGAACCGAGCCCGGCACCGUUCAGCACGCGUACGCGUUGGCCAACCGGUCCGCGGCGUACUUCCACCUUAACCGGUAUGAGCUCUGUCUAGCUGACAUACCCCGAGCGAUAAAGUCAAAGUACCCAACAAAAUUGUUAUACAAGUUGUAUGAGCGGGCUGGUCAUGCUGAAUACAAUUUAGGACGAGGAGAAAAAGCCAAAUUUAAUUAUAGUGAGUGUUUAAAGCGUCUAGAUGACGGUGUUAUGACAGCAGAGCAGAGGUCUCGGUACAAAAAGUUAUUAAAAGAGUGUAUUGAAAACUGUAAUGGUUUGGAAGAGCGGAAUUUUCCUGAAAAUCAACCUUCUAUUGAACAAUUAACUGGUGGAAGACAUCCUUUCAUCCCAGCACUUUCUAAAUUGGUUGAACUUAAGUGCUCUCCAACAAUGGGAAGAGGUGUAUUUGCUACAGAAGACAUUAACCCAGGUGAUGUUGUUGCUGUUGAUGAACCUUAUAUAAGUGGUGCUUCUCCACAUAAUAGUUUAUUGUGCCAUUAUGACAAGUGUAUGAAACUGACUUGCUCUAUUAUACCCUGUCCAAAUUGUUCAUUAGUUUAUUUUUGUGGUGAAGAAUGUAUGCAAAAGGCUAAUGAAGAUGGACAUACAUUGGAAUGUCCAAUUAUGUUUUCCAUCAAUUCCUUACCAGGGGAUACAAAGUUAAAUCAACUAGCCAUAAGAUGGUUUGUCCGGGAAUAUUUCAAAUUGAAUUUUGUUAAUUAUUAUGUAUUGGUUAAAAAAUUGCUUGAGAAUAAUAAAGAGCCAAUGGUUAGAGGUUUCAGUGAUUCUCAUGUUUACAGUUCUGAAAAUUUUGCUACUGCUUUUUCUAUGCAUUGCAAUGAAAAAGAAAUAUCAAUGGAUUUACUGCUAUUUUAUUUUUGCCUUGGUGCAGUAAUGUCCGAGUAUUUGAUGAUAAGCGGUAUUGAUAUCCCAAACCGUUAUUUAAAUACAAUUGGUGCUUCUUUGGUACGUAUGUUACUAAUUUUGGAUGUACAUUGUCGAAAGCUCACUGUGAUUUCACCUUGUAUACCUGCUCAAAUGACUAAACGUUCUUCUGUACCAACUGCAUAUUCUUUAUAUCCUACAAUAUAUUUAUUUAAUCAUUCCUGUGAUCCAAAUAUACGAGGCAGUGGAAAUUUGAGUGACAGAAUUAGAGUUAUGAAAGUAAUACAACCGAUUCCUAAAGGAAGUCAGUUAUUGAUGUCGUAUGGUGUUGAUUUCAAGGAACAAAAUAAAGAAACUAGAAUUAGUGAGUUGUCAGAUCUUUUCAAGUUUAAUUGUGAAUGUCAGGCUUGUGUUGAAAACUGGCCUACUAACCGUUUCUUACCUAAUCGCUUAACUUCAUUAAAUCUACUGAAUGUGAAUGUGGCAGGCACUGUUGGAAAGGAAUGCAAAAAGUUCAUGGAAUUAACUGCGAACGAAUCAUUUAAACAAGCCCCUAGUCUUCAUUUAAACUUUUUAUAUGAUUUUCUUAAAUUAUUGUUUUGUAAUGUUAAACGACCAUUCAAAUUAUAUGAGAACUGUGUUACAUGGAUAAGUCUUGCUCAUACCUUAGUGAGCAUUGAUGAAUGUGAACUUUCAGAUUUAAUUAAUAAGUUGAAAAAUGAUUUGUAAUUUUUUUUCUUGUAAAUAUUUUGUUUUAUUAUAUUUUCAUAA